GCGCGGAGGCGCGGGCGGCGGGCCUGGUUGUCAUGAGAGCGGCGGUCGUGGCCCGGGCGCUGGGCGCGGCGGCCCCGGGCUGCUCGUCCGCUGCCACCGCCGCUGCGGCUCGGGGUUGCGGGCCGGCCCGGGGCAGCGGCGGAGGCGCCACCUAAGCCUGCCGGAGGAGCGGCGGGGGACGUCGGGGGCGCGGGCCGAGCCCCUGUCCGAGCAGUGCUACACGAUGCCCCACAAGAUCGGAUUUGUGGUCGCCAGCUCAUCUGGACACGAGGACGGCUUCAGUGCCCGGGAGCUCAUGGUGCAUGCGCCGACCGUCAGCGGCUGGAGGUCUCCAAGGUUCUGUCAGUUCCCUCAGGAGAUCGUCCUCCAGAUGGUGGAGCGCUGCCGGAUCCGCAAGUUGCAGCUGCUUGCGCACCAGCACAUGAUCGCCAGCAAGGUGGAGUUCUACGUCAGCGAGAGUCUGCCCGAGUACUUCGCGCCCUACCCGGCCGAGCGCUUCCGCAGGCUCGGCUAUGUGUCGCUCUGUGACAAUGAGAAGACGGGCUGCAGAGCACGGGAGCUCAAAUCCGUGUACGUGGACGCUGUGGGCCAGUUCCUCAAGCUAAUCUUCCACCAGAACCAUGUCAACAAGUACAACAUCUACAACCAGGUGGCCCUGGUCGCCAUCAACAUCAUCGGGGACCCUGUAGACUUCGGGGAUGAGAGCAACAUUACGACUAGAGAGAAGCUCAUCGAUCACUACCUGGGCCACCACGCAGAGGACCCGGCUCUGGAAGGGACAAGUGUGGGGAAGUCCGACUACAUUUCUCCCCUGGAUGACCUGGCUUUUGACAUGUACCAAGACCCGGAGGUGGCGCAGCUCAUCCGCAGGCUGGACGAGCGGAAGCGGGCCGCGGUGCGUGAGGAGCGCUAUGACUAUGCCAAGAAGCUCAAGCAGGCCAUCGCGGACCUGCAGAAGGUGGGUGAGCGGCUGGGGCGCUACGAGGUGGAGAAGCGCUGCGCCGUGGAGAAGGAGGACUACGACCUGGCCAAGGAGAAGAAGCAGCAGAUGGAGCAGUACCGCGCCCAGGUGUAUGCGCAGCUGCAGCGCCACGGCCUCGUGGACCUCGAGCUGAUGCGGCCCCCUGUCCCCUCGGGCAGCCCCCGGCACUUGCUCCCGGCAGACCUGGAGAAGCCUCCGGCGCUCGCUCUGGAGGUGGCCCCUCGGCGGGCCCCAGUCACACGCUCGCCACCCACCGCAGAGCCUGGCCCCAGCACCCAGCUCGAGUCCCUGCCCUAUGACGAGAGGCCACUGCCCACCACACGCCAGCAGCAGGCGGCAGCGGAGAAGAGCGACCCUGACGUCGGCGAGGCCCCUAGCGGCCCCGUGGGCGAGCCCGAGCCCCUGACGGAGAAGGCCUGGCGCGAGGCGGGCUCGGCCAUCGAGGUGCUGGGAGAGACGCUGGUGGCAGGUGCCUAUUCCAGGACGUGGUCAUACCGGGAGGACGCACUGCUGGCCCUCUCCAAGCAGCUGGCGGGGAUGCCUGUGGGCGCCCCCAGGGAGGAGCUCAGGAGUGCACUAAGGGCGGCCAUCUUCCUUGUCCGCAGAGCCAUCAGGGAUGUCGUCACCCCGGUCUUCCAGGCCUCGCUGAAGCUGCUGAAGAUGCUGGUCACGCAGUUCGUGCCCAAGCAUAGGCUGGGCAGGCCGGAGGCCGCGCACUGCGUGGAGAGGACCAUCCCCGCGCUGCUGGCCAGGACUGGAGACUCGUCCGCCCGCCUGCGCCUCAUGGCCUCCAACUUCAUCCAGGAAAUGGCUUUGUCCAAGGAGGUCAAGGCUCUGCAGAUCAUCCCGCAAUACCUGCUGCAGCCCCUGAAGGCCAACGCGUCCCCGCACCUGGCCCUGAGCCAGAUGAGCCUGCUGGCACGGCUGCUGCGUGACCUGGGCACCGAGAGCGAGGGCUUCCCUCCAGAUGCCGUGAUGAAGUUCACCGUGAGCGCCCUGGAGCAUCGCGUGUACGAAGUCCGGGAAACAGCAGUUCAGAUCAUCCUGGACCUGUACCGGCAGCACCGCCCCGUGGUCCUGGAGCACAUGCCGCCCGACGAUGCCGCCACGCGCAAGAACGUGCUCUACAGAACCAUCUUCGAGGGCUUCGCGCGGAUCGACGGCCGGCCCACCGACGCCGAGCUCAGGGCACAGAGGAAGGCAGCCACGGAGGAGGCAGAGAAGCGAAAGAAGGAGGAGAUCCGAGACCUGCAGGGGCAGCUGGCGGCCCUGAGGGAGCUCGAGGCCGAGGCCCAGGAGCGAGAGAGUGACACAGUGAAGGUCCUGACUGAAGACUCUCCAGGGAACAAAGUGGCCACCACCGACGCCCCGGAAACCCCGGAUACCCACUACCUGGAUAAGCUGUGCAUCUUCUGUGGGGAGCGCAACGACGCCUUCACUGAGGAGGGCCUGGACCUGCACUACUGGAAGUACUGCCUCAUGCUCACGCGCUGCGGCCACUGCCAGCAGGUGGUGGAAAUCGCCAGUUUGACCGAGCACCUGCUGACAGAGUGUGACAAGAAAGACGAGUUUGGAAAAUGCUACCGCUGCGGAGAGGCCAUCUUAAAGCAAGACCUCCCGGCACACAUAAAGGCAAAGGAGUGCGAGCCUGCCAAGCCAGAGAAGCUGGCGAGCCGCUGCCCACUGUGCCAUGAGAACUUCACCCCUGGGGAGGAGGCGUGGAGGGCUCACCUGAUGGGUCCUGGCGGCUGCACCAGGAAUCUGCGCAGGACACACGUGGCACCCAGGGGACCUGCCCUGCCCCCGGGCAAAGGCCCGGUAGGGAUGAAAGCAGUGAGCGCCGGCGCUAAGAUGGGCAGUAAGAUCCCCACCCCAAAGGGUGGCCUGAGCAAGAACUCCAGCCGGACCUACCUGAAGCGGUGAUGGCGUGACCCAAGCACCUUCUGCCAGAGCCGGGCAUCCUGGGAGCCCUGCACUGCCCACCCCGGGCAGGCCCGCCCUGUGCCUG